GCACACACACCCUCACACGCUCCCCGCCGCAGCUCGGGGUCGCAUCUCCUGCGACAGAGCUCCGCACUCAGCUCCGGCUCCUCCUGCGCCUAGCCCUCGCUUUAUCCUCCGGUCCCGGCCUGGGGCCAGGGGUCUCCUUCGCCCCGCUCUACAGCGGAGCGGAAGGGAGAUCUUGGGGUGACUUUUGAACCUCCUUCCGAUUUAGGGGAGGAAUCACCCAAUCUCGGAGAUAUGCCUAACGAGGAUUCCUACAGCAAGCCCUCGACUUCCUCCGACGGGCACUCUGGGCCCGGGGGCAAGGCCGGGGGCUUCGGCAAGGGCUCAGGUGCUAUGCUCGGGGUGGCUGGAGGCAGCGGCGGUAGCGGCGGCGGGGCUGGGAGCAGCGGCGGCGGCUCCGGCUCGGGUUCGGGCGGCUUAGGACCGUCGGGGGCGGCGGGGAAGAAGUCCCCGCGUCUGCCCAAGUGUGCACGCUGCAGGAACCAUGGCUACGCGUCCCCGCUGAAGGGGCACAAACGCUUCUGCAUGUGGCGUGACUGCCAGUGCAAGAAGUGCAAUCUGAUCGCAGAGAGGCAGCGGGUCAUGGCCGCCCAGGUGGCACUGAGAAGGCAGCAGGCCCAGGAGGAGGAGCUGGGGAUCAGCCACCCCAUUCCCCUGCCCAGCGCUGCAGAACUGCUGGUGAAGAGAGAGAACAAUGGCAGCAGCUCAUGCCUGAUGUCGGAGAGCAGCAGCCCCACGCAGGCCCCUAGCACUCCCACCACAUCUUCAGAGGGUCGUAUGGUCAUUCAAGACAUCCCUUCGGUCACCAGCAGAGGGCACCUGGAGAACACAUCUGACCUGGUCUCCGAUUCCACCUAUUACGGCAGUUUUUACCAGCCCUCUCUCUUUCCAUACUACAACAAUCUGUACAACUACCCCCAGUAUUCGAUGGCCUUGGCCGCUGAUUCUUCUUCUGGGGAAAUGGGGAGUACACUUGGGGGAUCCCCAGUGAAAAACAGCCUUCGGAGCCUACCAGCGACUUAUGUGUCUGGCCAGUCAGGAAACCAGUGGCAGAUGAAGAACACUGAGAAUCGUCACGGCAUGGGUUCCCAGUAUAGGAUGCAUUCCUACUAUCCUGCUACUUCCUACCUGAGCCAGAGUGUGUCGCAGAUCUUUGCUUUUGAAGACAGCCCUUCCUAUUCUGAGGCAAAAGCAAGUGUUUUCUCACCACCCAGUAGUCAAGAUUCUGGCUUGGUUUCUCUGUCCAGCAGCUCACCUAUUAGUAAUGAAAGCACAAAAGGUGUUCUGGAGUGUGAGUCUGCUUCGGAGCCUGGCACCUUCACAGUUAAUGCUGUCAUAGAAGAUGAUGAAUAAGGCAAGUUCCCAAUACAAGUCCUGUGGUUUAUUUGGAAUAGCUGGCCAAUUCUAUUAUACGCAUAGUGUUUGUUGUUUAUCUUUUGCAUUGACUGAUGGCCGAAGUAACCGUUGAGAAAGUGUUCGGUUUGUUCUCUUCAGGCUUAUAUGAUACUGACCAAAGCCUAAAACAUAUUUGUAAUGGUUUUAGGGACUAUAUGACUUCACGUAACGCAUUGUAGAAUUAAAUACCCUGCCCUUGGAGUUUAUAGAAAAUAGUUUCCCCUCCUCCUCCUGAUGCUCUUUUAAAAGUAUUUUUCAGCAAAUGCAAGAUGCUUAAGUAAACUAGUAUAUUUACAUCUAAAUGAACCACAAUUCAAAGAGGUACUUUUAUUUUAGUUUAAGAUGAACUGUUGGGCUCCUAAGAAAUUAGAGUUUAGAUGCAUAGACUGCUACUGUAUAAAUUUAGCCAAAGCAUGGCCAGUGAACCAGACAGCAAGAUGAGCAGGCAUGCAUAGAAUGUAAUUUUAGAAAGUACUUUAAAAUACACAAAAAAGAAUUGGAGUGAGUGGAAAUAUUGCAUUGUUCGGCAGUAAUGAUCUGCAUAUUGCUAGGUAAAAACUUAGCACAGUAAAGAAUCCAAAAUAUGAUUGAAAUAGUGCCUGAAAGAACUUACAGGCCUGGAAGAAUUAUGACGUGUGUGGUGUGUAAUUUGAUAAACAGUGUAUUUUAAAGUAAGCCCUGCGAUGCACAGUUCUUGACUGUUGUUUCUAGUCUAAUACUAGAAUUUUUGAUUAAAGCAUAUUCAUUUUACUAGCAGCAUAAAAUGAACCUUUUAUGUGUUACAAUUUAGUCUACUUUUUAAACAUUAGAUUGUAAUCUAAAUUGAAAGCAAAUCUGUCUUUAAAAGUUACUAGAGAUUUCUGAGUUUAUUAAUUUUGUUUAAAAUUGCUUUUGGAAUUUUUCCCUGUGUAACAACAGAAGCCAACCUGAAUGAAACUCCUGUAGAAAAAAAAUUCAUUGUUCUGUGUAGUUGCAGCUGUACCUGAAAUAAAAACAUUAUUGAUGACUGAA